AUGGCGGACGCACCGCCCACACGCAAGCCUUACAGGAUAACCAAGCAGCGCGAGAAAUGGUCCGACAGCGAGCACCAACGCUUCACGGAGGCGGUCGAAAAGUACGGCCGCGACUGGAAGAUGAUUGUGGAGCACGUCGGGACGCGCUCAGUAGCCCAGAGCAGUUUAGGCCAGCUUCGCGAUGACGUUCUGCCGUCCUGCGGAGGCCCUGUGCCGGUGCGGAGCCACGCACAGAAGUUCUUCCUGAAGCUGGAGAAGUCGGGCCAGGCGGGCGUGGUGCCACCGCCGAGGCCGAAGAAGCGCGCGGCCAAGCCGUACCCGGUGCAGGACCGCGGCGAGGAGCGGCGCAAGUCCAAGCGCAGCCGCAGCAGCGCCUCCAACAGCAGCGCCCACUCGCAGCCGUCCCAGACCAGAGGGGCAGCAGUCUCCCCCAGCACCUCGCCCUCCAACGGGCGCUCCUCGCCCCGCAGCGCCGCAACUGCCGCCACGCUGCCCGUCAGCUCGCGACGGCCCUUGCGCUCCAGCCGGGCCACUCGCAGCCUCGCUAACGCGGCGGCGUCCACCAAGGGGUCCAGCCAGGACCUGGAGGGCAAUGGCAGCAAUAUUGCGUCGGCAAAUGAGAGCAACAACGACCACAGUGAGGGCCCGUCUGCAACCCAGGAGAACUCUGGGUUGUCCACAGGAGGCGCAGAUCUGGACCUGCAGUUCAGCGCAGACCCGAUGAGCCUUGAGGCACCAGAGGCUGCGCCACGCCCACGCGAAAAAAGCGAGACGCCAGACUAUGGGAAGCUCUAUUCCAUUGUGAACGUCCUCUUCGACUCUGGUGGAGCUGCAAACGAUGAGAAGAACCACAAGCAGAUGAUGGAGCAGCUCGAACCGGGGCAGCGGAAGGAGCUGCUGGCCAUGAUGGACCAGCUGACAGGCAACCUGCGCAGCACAUGCCCGCCCGCGCAGAAGCUGGAGCAGCUCAAGGCCGAGCUCAAGGCCAAGAGCCAGUCGCCCACGCCGCCGCAGCAGCCGCCGCCGACGCCAAUACCGGCUCCGGCGCGCGCAUCGCGACUGGACCACGCGGCGUCGAUGCCCCUCAUGCCCUGCACCGCCUGCCUGCCCAUGCCCCAGACCGUGUCGGAGGAGCCCCUGGCGCUCAUGCAGCCCCUGCCGGGCUCCCAGGGCACGGCGCUGCUGCAGCCGCUGCCCUGCGCGCAGCAGUGCUCCUUCUCGCCCGUGCUCCCGCCACCGCUCGCGUCCGACGCCUGCGAGCUGGUACACUGCGGCUCCGGCGCCGGCAGCAGCCUCGGCAGCGGCAUCGGAUGCGGCAGCGUGGCUGCACUGCCGGGCUUGGCGGCCGACGCGGUGCUGCUGCAGCAGAGCGAGCCGGAGCAGAGCAUAGCGGAGCAGCUGCUGGUGGAUAAUAGCGGGGAAGGCGCGGGCAUGGGGCAGGCCAUGUUUGACAUCCAGCAGGGCAGCGGGCUGGAGGAGGUGGGGCUGCAGCUGCCCAAGAGUUCCUCGCUGGGCGGCAACACCCCCCUGGACACCUGCCUUGCCCAGCUGGAGAGCGGCACCGAUCCCACAGUGCCGGAGUCUGAUGAUUUCUUGGACAGCUGGAAGAUUGGCAGCUCGGACCCAGUGUGGCAGACGUUGGAGAUGCAGCAACUUUCCCCAACCGCACCCACUUCGCCCAGUUCAUUCACGCGCGACACCAACGGAAGCAUGUUUGCCUUAUGA